AUGACAUCUCCCACAACGAUAAAUAAGUUGAUCGCAUCAUUACAUCUAAUACCUCAACGUUUACCCACCUACUCCUUUUUCUAUCCACUAUCAAUCGCCCCGCUUCUUACCCCGAAUCUGUACUCCAAAUAUCCGUUUUUCAGCAUCACUAGAGAACCAGAUGGGAUCAGUGUCGUGGCUACUUUUCCCCUUGGAGAAAAGGGGCUUGAAGUAGAUGGACAAGUUAGAGGUUUGGUUGAAUUAGGUGACCAAGAUGCUGGAAGAUGGUUCGGACCAUGGAACGCAAUCAAGAUCAGAGGCCCCUUAUAUAUCGGUUUAACGGGUAUUUUACAUGAAUUUCUAACUCCUUUGAGAAAAGCACAAAUUAACAUAUACGCAUUAUCCACAUGGCCAACGGAUUAUAUCCUCGUACCAUCGGAUAGACUCGAUGAAGCGUUGAAAGUAUUGAAAGAUGAUGGAUGGCAAAUCGUAGAAUCCACAGAACGUAUCGAGGAAAUCUCAGCUUUGAAUACUUCCUAA